AUGAACCACAACCCGGGCGCUGGACCUCCUCAGCACCACCCCAGCCAUCCGUCACAUCCAUCACAUCCACCGCAACCGCAACGGCCGGCCUCUACGACACCGUUGGAGCGGUUCGUAUACCAGCCCUCGUCCACACUCUUCGAUGAGGACCCGGGGAUUAUGUCGGAGAUCGAGACCUCUGCGACCGGCUUCAGGCGCGGCAACAAAGCCCGCGCCUCCCUUCCCAUCGUCAGGACCCCCUCCAAGACUCAGGACCGCUCUCUCGGACUCGUGUUCCUCCAGUUCCGCGCCGAGACCAAGAGAGCCCUCCUUCCCAACGAAAUCACGUCUUUGGAUACCGUGAAAGCACUGUUCGUCAGAUCAUUUCCUCGACAACUAUCGAUGGAGUACUUGGACUGUCCGUCGAUUCGGAUCUACAUUCACGACGGAUCCAAAGACAUGUUUUACGAGUUGGAGGACUUCCGGGACAUCCGCGACCGGUGUGUGCUCCGGAUCUACGAGCACGGCGUGAAUGGCCCGCAACCGGUGGGCGGACACGCGAAUAUGCCCAACACGUGGUCCGACUGCGAACAGUUCGGCUACUUCUCGGAACCGGAGUUUGAGUCGGAAUACCAGUCCCAACACAUUCAUCGCGGCAAACGCGGCCCCGUUCCUGAUAAGCCUCUGCCCACCACUGGCGGUCAGUCGCAAUAUUACGGCACUAUUAUACUGCCCGCUCAAUACCGGACACAAGCCAUGGUUGGCCGACAGCCGUACGGCGCCGCACAACCACCACAACCACCAGAAAGGAGUAAACCAUUUCCCGGCUAUUCGCAAACCCUUCCCCGAAACGCCCACAUUAUCUCGCUUUACGGCAAUGUAAACGACGCCAACACUAAUAAUGUUAACCAAAACCAAAGUCCAACACAGAAUUCAGUGGCGCCGUCACCCACACAACGAUCCGUUUCACCCGAUUUGAUACAAAAACAACGGCCUAAAGACCCCAUCGGUUAA